GGCUGCCGCACUUCGGAGUGUCACCUUCAGAGGGCGCCGGCCGCAGAGCCUCUCGGCAUCGCGAGGCCCGAGCGUACGCGGCGCCGCCCAGCCGCCGAGCCGCCGUCAUGAAGGCCGUGGUGCAGCGCGUGACCCGGGCCAGCGUCACAGUUGGAGGAGAGCAGAUCAGUGCCAUUGGACGGGGCCUCUGUGUGUUGCUGGGUAUUUCUCUGGAGGAUACACAGAAAGAAUUGGAGCACAUGGUCCGAAAGAUUUUAAACCUGCGUGUGUUUGAGGAUGAGAGUGGGAAGCACUGGUCAAAGAGUGUGAUGGACAAAGAGUACGAGGUGCUGUGUGUCAGCCAGUUCACUCUCCAGUGCGUCCUCAAGGGGAACAAGCCUGACUUCCACCUGGCCAUGCCCACGGAACAGGCCGAGGGCUUCUACAACAGCUUCCUGGAGCAGCUGCGGAAGGCGUACAGGCCGGAGCUCAUCAAAGACGGCGAGUUUAGUGCCUACAUGCAAGUUCACAUUCAGAACGAUGGGCCUGUGACCAUAGAACUGGAAUCCCCAGCUGCCUACGCUGCCACCUCCGAUCCGAAGCAGCUGUCAAAGCUUGAAAAACAGCAGCAGCGGAAAGAAAAGACCAGAGCCAAGGGGCCUUCUGAAUCAAGCAAAGAGAGAAACGUUCCUCGGAAAGAAGACCGCAGUGCCAGCAGCGGAGCGGAAGGGGACGUGUCGUCGGAGCGGGAGCCGUAGGCGAGGAAACGGGGCACUCAGUGCAUUAUCAUUGGGCAGAAAUGGAUCCUGAAAAAUUCAUAAAAGAUGUACAGCACCUAUACUGCUUUAAGGAUUUGGAACUGAAAUAUAAAGAGGAAGACAGAAAUAAGAAACUGGGAGCCUGAGUAGCCCUGCAAAAAAAGCAACCAAAGGAAUGUUAGCGUUUUCUGUUGUUGCCAUGGUCCAAUAGAGGCAGUGGGUCCUGCGGGCCUGGAGGCGUACACCCAUCGCAUUCCUUCCAGCUUUAGAAAUGCACAUGGCAGCAGGGCACACACACGCCUCCUGCACAGAAAGGCUUUUUGGCUUCCUACAAUGCCUUGGCUUGCUUUGGAGCAGGCUGGUCCAACAUCAUUUGUCACCGAGUCCUCCUUUCACGCCGUGGUUUAUUUCCACAUGUCUGUGGUGGAUUUCUAAUACGCUCAUGCUGUCCAUGUUCUUUGCAGCACUGGUUCAUAAGCCAGAGCCAGUGUGAAAGUGUAAAGGAAAAAAAUCAUCAAUGAUAAUGUAUUGUGUGAGACCUCUGGAUCUUGUGUGUUUUCUCUUUUUUUCUAAAAAGAAAUAGUAAUAAAAUCCCAAACCUCAGCAAACUACCUAUUAUUUAACAAAUUCUGCUGUGUUUCUGCUUAAUGAUGUUAUCUGUAGAACACGUGUUUGACCUCUGUCCGUAUAUAUCUACACUUCUUUUCAAAUAACCCUCUUGCAAGACUGAGUGGCCUGCGCAGGUCGCGAUUCCACGGUGAGAGCUGACCUAUUGUAAUUUACAGUUGAUGACAUUUUACUUGGAGAUGAGAUGGCAGGAAACUGGAGAGUAAAUGGGAAGGAAGUCCAGUUUCAGAAUGGCCAGAUGAUUGAGACCAGGUGUGGCUGGUACAUCUGGUUUAUCCACCUUUAGGGAAGUUGGAGAAAGGUUAAACCUGUAUCAGUUCCCUUUAUCUAAGAGCUUUGUGGUUGACCAUGUAUACAAGCCAAUAUCCCCCCAGAUGUGUAAAGAAAGAGCCAAAUCCUGCCAAAGUAGUUUCUCAGGUAAAUUUUAAUCUACUAGGUGGCAUAGUGGUUAAGUGCUACAGCUGCUAACCAAAAGGCCUGCCCCUUGGAAACCCUGUGGGGCAGUUCUACGCUGUCUAAUAGGGUCACUAUGAGUUGCAAUCAACGGCAGUCGGUUUGGUUUUGGUUUUAGUGGCACAUCUAAGGAGCCUGGGUGGCACAGGCGGUUUGCGAUCGGCUGCUAACCUAAAGGUUAGCAGUUCAAACCCACCCAGAGGCUCCGUGGAAGAAAAGCCUGGCAAACUGCUUCCGUUAAUUUUACAGCCAAGAAAACCCUACGGAGCAGUUUACUCUGUAACACGUGGGGUCGCUGUGAGUCAGGGCUGAGGCCACAGCAGCUAACGAUAACAGCGGCACAUUUGUAGUGGCUAUUUUUGAUAGUAUAUAAUGUUAUUAUGUAAUGCUUAUGUAAAUAGAGUCUUCCCCGCUUGACUUUAUUGCUUAACGACAGAAGAGAAAUCCUUCCUUGGCGUUUUUGUAAUGCUAAACCUCUGUUCGUCUGUGACCUUUAUAAUAACUACUGAGCCCUUCUAGUCUGACCCAGUUGUCGACUUCAAAUGAAAACAUGGUUAGAAGUUGUGGGGAAAAAAAGGGCUGAGAUCACAUCUCCAGUGUGCAUGCAAAUACCUGGAGUGUGGAGCUGGAGAGGGCUUUGUUGGACUGCUUUAUUCUGAAUCAGUACAGACGGUCCAGCAUAACCCAUGAUAGUUUACCUUCUAGAUGUGCCAUCGUUACAUCCCAGAAUGCAGAUCCCUGCUCAGCCCUCCCAGCGCUGUGGGCAGUGGGGCCAGGAAGCUCUCCUCUUUGAGCUAUCUGUGUGGUAUUUUGCAGAGUGAACUCACACUUACUUCAUAGUUACCUGAAUCUACAUUUUGUAACCUUAGCUGUGGGGCUGCAGGCUGCUGAACAGAGUUUCAUGCAUUCCCUGCCAUCACAUUUUAUCACCACCAGUUAAUGUUUGAUGAGCAGCUGUUGCCUGUCCUUGUAAUGGGUAAUGAGGACCCACAGAGAGAAGAGCUAAUGUGCCUGAUGUGUGAGCAGCGGUAAAAUGAUAACACCCUCGUCACCCACAGCCCAGUGCCUGGAUGCCACUUUAAAAAGACAUUGAUAAAUGGGAGCAUCAGCAGAGUCCUGUGAUCAAGUUGUUGAAGGGCCUGGAGGCCAUAGAGGAAGGAAAGCUGAAGGAUCUGUGGCUAUUUAGACUGCAAGACAGACAAACCACUUUUGUGAAUAUUUGAAAGGUAUGGAAAUGAUGCUGGGUCAGGGACAAAAAUAGGAACAAUGUGUAUCAGUUGUAAUAAAAAGUGCUGGCUUGAUAUGAAGUAAAGUUUUCUAACAACACUAUUUGAAAAUGGAUGGCAGUGUUGGGAUAUACUGGUCACCAGAAGUGUUUGAGCAGAAGUACUGAGCCUACUUAUGUGGGGGGAGAGAUUUUAUUUAAUUAAUUAACUAAUGAGUUAAUUUAAAAAUCACCCUUUUUCCUCACCGUAGGCAAGGAACUUGGUUAAAUGUCAAAAAAUGCAUGCAAUCUUUGUAGCACUGGAUCGGAGGAAGCUUUUCCAUCAUCCUGGAGGUCAUUUCCAGUUCUAGGAACAGAAAAGAAAACAGUGUACACACUGAAGACUGGCUUGAGAGAUCAACAGAUCUAACCAUAAAAAAAAAAAAAGGCAAGGUUAAAAAAAAAAAAAGCUCAAGAAGGACCCUGUGGUAGCCACAGCUGCAUCAAAAAGGUGGUUAAUUCCCACCCCUUCUCCCCAUCCUGCCCUGCUCACCGUCCUUCUGAAGGUCAUUUCUGACUGUUACCGUGGGACUAAUGGCUAAAAUUAGAUUUUGGGUUCAGCUCUACUUGCAGAGUAUAAAAUGACCAGUCUUUACAUCCCUUCUAACAUCGCCAGCUCCUGCUUUCUGCUGAUUUCUAAAGUUGCUGUUUACUGUCCCUUAAGCCAUCAGUUAUAAUGAGCAUGGGUGAGGAGGACCGGACCAUGUAUGGCUUUUCUGAGAACCCCGGCAGCUCACGUGCCCAGUACUUUAAACAGAGUGUCGUGCCGAUAAACUGGUACAAGGACCCGUUUAAUCUUGCCGCCGUGGUUUACUUUAUAGGAGACUGAACUCUUGUGGUUGCACAAAACAGAGACCAAAUAAAGGCAUCUUCUGGGGCCGGUCGCCCCGCAGCCCACCACCAGCUGGUGGGCCUGGAGAAAGCCUUGUUCUCCACCAAGCUGUGUCCUCGCUCAUAGAUGAGUGCCGACUGAUGCAUGGAAAACUUGGCUUUUUGUCGAUUCAAUUUUGUAGUUCCACAGAUGCCGCCUUUCGCCUGGCAUGGUGUCGUUCUAGUAACUAGCCAGUGAGGUGACCCAUUGUCAAACUGAUUUGUUAGAUUUUCUGUCCUUUUCCAGACGAGCACUUUGAGAAGUGUUGUCAACUUGUGAUACGUUGUUUAUUUGGGCCUUUGAAAAAUAGUUAAAGAACCUCAUUUCAGAAGACAUGGAAGAAUGUCAAAGGUUGGACACCCUGUCAAUAAUCUUAGAAAGGCAGAUGGCACUGCUGUUUGGAGGGAGGUCCGCCUUCCACAGACGCUGCUGUUUUCAUUUUUCUCCUGGAGUAUGAACGCCUGUGUCUUACAUUUUUAGAGGUACUGGAAAACAAAACCUUCAAGUUCCAAUAGGAAAGCAUCUCUUAGUGAUGACAUUUUGCAUUUGUUUUGUUAAAUUGAUCUUUUGCGAAAGCCAGAAUCUGUGUAAGACAGAAACCUGUCAGAAGAAGGAAAACUCAAAUAUUUUCCACUGAAACAAGCGAUAGAAAAGCGGUAAGACCACACCCUGUCAAAGACAGAAAACUUGUGAGACCCAGAGACACAAGACCAUACUGUUGAGUUUUGGCUCUCACAGGUUGCACUGUACAUUUCACACUUAAACCAAAAACCAAACCCGUUGCCAUCAAGUCUAUUCUGACUCACAGUGACCCUAUAGGACAGAGUAGAACUGCCCCAUCAAGUUUCCAAGGAGUAGCUGGUGGAUUCGAACUGCCGACUUUUUGAUUAGCCGCCGUAGCACUUCACCACUAUGCCACCCACCGGGGUUUCCAUCACAAAUACAACUUUCCUUGGUUUUGGAUCUUCCCUGAGGGAUUGGUAAGUUAGAGGCACAGUCCUCAAGCAGGAGCUGUAUUGGUGAUGGGUCUGUUGAAGAAGCAUCAACUGACGGCCCCCUUCCCCACCUGCCGCAGGGAUGGGCUUGGACCAACUGGGGAGGGUCAGACAAGAGGUGCAGCAGUCUAAAGGUGUGAGAGGAGGUGUGGGUCUGAGACCUGCCCCAGGUGGGUGGGCUGGAUGUGGGGAGAGGGGAGUGGAGGGGCAUGGAAAGAAACCAGCCCAAGAGGUACACAGGUGCACAGAGACGACCACAGGAGGCCUGGUAAGUCAUGUUCAGGAGUCCUGUCUCCCUGCUUCUCCAGCUGACUUGUUUCGGUCCCCAGUUCUCAUAUAGUGUGGCUGAGAGUGACGCUGAGAACAAUGGGACUCUGCAGAUUUGGCGUGGCCUGUGCUGAGGCCCCGUGAUUGGACUGUGGUGUCUCUUGGUGGCCAAGGGGUUGUACGGACUUGGGCUGACUCCUGUUUGCUUGCUGGGUGACCUUGGGACAGUUUAUUGAUUUAGCUUUCAGGGCUUCCUUUCCUCAUCUCUAAAAGGGAGGCAGUAGUAGCCACGUGGAGAGGGUUGUAAGGGCCCAGCGAGAGGGCUCGCCACAGCACUUACGCAGCACCUGGCCCGUGGUGAAUGGAAGUGCAUGUGGGCGCUGUGACUGUUAGUGCAGCUCGGUGUGAUGUCAGCUGCCUUCUCUUAGCAGCUGCAUCACACUGUGCUUUCACACGGAGGUUGCAGGUGACUAAACCCCCAGGCUUAUUCCAUAUAAGCCAUUGCAGCCAGUGAAGAGCCCAAAUGAAGAACUUCAUCAUAUACUGUCUCAGCCCAUGGUUCUGGUCUAUUGAAAUAUUUCAGAUGUCAGGUUGGCUAUUCCCCCCAGCAUGUGUCAUCUUCAGGCGUGUUUAUCUUUACACCUGUUGCUGCCGAGUUGAUUCUGACUCAUAGUGAUCAUUUAGGACAGAGUAAAACUGCCCACAGGGCUUCCAAGGAGUGGAUUUGAACUGUCGACCUUUUGGUUAGCAGCCUGACAUUUCACCACUGUGCCACUAGGGCUCCAUCUUUACCCAAGUCUUGGCUAAAGAUGAUACGCAGGGUAGAGGUGGGCUCUCCAUUAGAAAUCUUCUUUCAGAUCGGCAGAUAUAUUCUCAUUCACCUCACAUUCCUCCUUCCCACAUUGACUGUUCUUGCUGAAAUCAGGCUACACUGUUUUCACAGCAUUUUGGUGAUUAAUUCAGUGAUCCAGUUAGAAAAAAUAAUAGUGUAGCACAUAGCAUUAUUUGUGAACUCGUAUUGGCUUCCAGUGAUCAGUGCUGCCUUCCCCACGGGCGCACAACCAUCUGUUAGAUCAUCUAUUCUAGGGAGCCACGUCAAACUGGCCUGUCUGUAGUGUCUGGAAUCCGUCUUUUCAAAAUUGGGACUUUUGAAGUGUUUGGUAUCUGCUCCCUCUCUUCUUUGUGGAAUGUUUUUCAGUUACCAGUUAUCGGCGACUCUGGUUCUGUACCGUAACUUCAUCAGCUCUUGUAAUCUCCACAACCAUUUAUUACUCCUGUCUUACAGCGGAGGAAACUGAGACUUAGGUGCAGUAACCUCAAGAACUAUGAGGAGUAGGAGACUUCACCCUGUUUACCAGUAACCACUCAGCCUGCCACAGUGUCACGGGUGCUGGCAGGAGACAGGAGAGGCCUAAUGCCAUCAGCUCCUUCCUGCAACCAGCUCCUUUUUACUUACUCAUGAUCUUGCUCUCAUUCUCUUUCUAAUCCCCUUUUUCUUGCCCCUGUUUCUGUCCAUCUGGGCCGGAUUCCUCUCUGUGUGGAUCUUCCCUGCUCUUGCCUGAGAGGCCAGCUGUGGACUUGUUGUUUGGCUUCUUGUUGGUCCAGCCAGUAGGAGGUGCCAGCAAGUGAUGCCAGGUAUUUCCUUCCAGCUCCUCCCUGUGCCCUGAGGACAGUGGAGGCUCCUUUCUCAGGCUCCCUCAGGCUGGGCCAGUGGCCCUUCGCUGCUGCGUCCCACUCUCACUGGCUGCCCUUGGCCCACCCCAGCACUAACCCCCUGAGCCUCCUCAUCCCACCUGCUCCUGGAGACCGGCUAUGCACCACUGUCCAGCAGUCCUUCAUGGCCUGGCGGCUGUGCCUACCUACAAGGCCCAGUGUUUUCCUUCCUGUUUAAGAUGGAAGUCCUUUCAUUACUCUUUGAGUUCCCAGGUGGCACUAAUGGUUAAGUGCUGAACUACUGACCAAAAGGUGGGGGGUUUGCCUUCGAAGUAAGGCCUGGCAGUGUGCUUUUGAAACCCUGUGGUGCAGAUCCACUCUGCGCACAUGGGGUCACCGUGAGUGGGAAUCGACUCCACAGCAACUGUGACAACUCUUUGCCGUUGCUCAGUGUGACGGAAGUCAUGGGGACUGUUGCCAGCCUCUUUCCUGCUAUUUUUGUUUGUUUAUUUCUGGAAAAUCACAGGGCGGGGGGUUCUCCUUUAUGAUCCUUUGUUCUGUGUCACCUGCCUUGCUCUCUGUUGCCAGUUGAAUCUGUUUUCUCUAAAUUCCCUGUCAAGGCCCUGCACCUCCUGCUCAGCAGGGGGCCAUGUCGAGGAACCAUUUCCCAGCACUGCCGGCUGACACAGGUCUUGGCCUGCCUUCUCUUCCAAAGCUCACCAUACAUUGAAGGAAGAAAUUGAAAGGCCCUCUGUCAGGCUAUGUCUUUUGGUUUCCACCCAGAACUUCAGAACCUCUAGAACUGCACUGACAAAUACAGAAGCCACAUGUGACCAAAUUGAUUAAAACCCAGGUCCCAGUUCCCACGUUUCAAGUGCUCAACAACUGCAUGUAACUAGCAGCUACCAUGUUAGUGCAGGUAUAGAACACUGCUAUCAGAGGAAGACCCUCAGCGAGAUGGGCUGACACAGUGGCUGCAGCAAUAGGCCCAAAGAUAGCAAUGAUUGUGAGAAUGGUGCAGGACCUGGCAAUGUUUUGUUCUGCUGCAUGUAGGGUUGCUCUGAGUUGGAAUUGACUCGUCGGCACCUAACAGCAACAACCAUCAUCCCAGAAACUUCCAAGGACAGCUGUCUUAGUUAUUUAGUGCUGCUAUAACAGAAAUACCAUAAGUGGAUGGCUUUAACAAAGAUAAAUUUAUUCUCUCACAGUCUAGGAGGCUAGCAGUCCGAGUUCAGGGUGCCAGCUCCAGGGGAAAGCUUUCUCUCUCUGUCAACUCUGGAGGAAGGCCCUUGUCAUCAAUCUUCUCCUGGUCUUGGAGCUUCCUUGUGCAGGGACCCCGGGUCCAAAGGAUGUGUUGUGCUCCUUGUGCUGCUUUCUUGGUGGUACAAGGUCCCCGUGUCUCUCUGCUCACGGCUCUCUUUUUAUCUGAAAAAAGAUUGACUUAAAAUACAACCUAAUCUUAUAGGUUAAGUCCCACCUCAUUAACAUAACUUCUGCUAAUCCCACCUCGUUAACAUCAUAGAGGUAGGAUUUACAACACAGGAAAAUCACAUCAGAUGACAAUGGGGACAAUCACACAAUACUGGAAAUCAUGGCCUAGCCAAGUAGGUACAUUUUUGGGGAGGAACACGCUUCAAUCCAUGAGAACAGCACUGCCAGGUUUCCUGUGACUAUAGAACCUCCAUCUCACAUGAACAGGCAGAGCAAGUGAGGCUGGUGGUCCAGGGUCUGCUCUCCUAGGAAGACCAAAACAAGAAGAAGAACUGAUCGUCAUGGAGUGGGCCCUGACACAUAGUGCUCCCAUAUGUGUCAGAGUAGACCCGUGCUCCAUAGGAUUUUCUUUUGCCCUAAAUUUUCUUUAUUUCGUUGUUGAGAAUAUACACAGCAAAACAUACAAUUCAACAAUUUUUACAUGUACAGUUUAGUGACAUUGAUUACAUUCUUCGAGUUGUGUAACUAUUCUCACCAUCCUUUUCUGAGUUGUUCCUGCCUCAUUAACAUAAAUUCACUGGCCCCUAAGGUUCCUAUCUAAUCUUUCAAGUUGCUGGUGUCAAUUUGAUCCCAUAUAAAUAGUUCUUAAAAGAACGUAAUAUCAAGCGAGACUUUUUUUUUUUUUACUAGUUAAGCUAAACUAUUGUUUAGUUUUAAGGUAAUUUAAGGGGGUAUUUUUGGUUUAAGGUUUAAAGAUUAUCCCAGGGCAAUAGUUUCAGGGGUUCAUCCACCCUGUAUGCUCCAGAAAAUCUAGAGUCCAUGAGAAUUAGAAAUUCUGUUCCGCGUCUUCCCCCUUUUGGUCAGGAUUCUUCUAUGGAACCUUUGAUCAAAACGUUCAGGUGGUAGCUUGGCACUAUCCAGUUCUGGUCUCAUGGACUAGGAGCAGUUGUUCAUGAAGGCAAUUGGCCACACAUUCCAUAUCUUCCUCCUUUUCCUGACUCUCCUUUUUCCUCUCUUGCUUUAGGAGAAUAGAGACCAAUUUUUGGGCCUUGGAUGUCUGCUUGCAAGGUUUUAAGACUCCAGGCACUGCACAGCGUACAAAGAGAUAGAACAGAAGCACUAAACAUGUUAUUAGGCCAAUUAGCUAGGCUGUCCUAUGAAACUAUGACCCUAAACCUCCAAACCAAGGAACUAAACCCCAUGAGAUGUGUGGUUGUAUAUAAGCAGCCUCAGUAGCUGUUUUGUUUUUUUUUUUUGUAAUUAUAUCUAUCACAAUUUUUGUCAAUUCAAUUUUUUACAGGUGUAUAACUUAUUGACAACAAUUGCAAUAAUUAGCUGUGCAUCCCUACCCUUAAUCAAUGCAAUUUUUCCAUCAUCGUUACCCCCUCCUGCGCCGGUGACCGCUAAUAAACUUUGUUCUCUAUACAUUUGCCUUUUCUUGUCUUUUUAUAUAAGUAAGGCCAUAGGAGGUUUGUUCUUUUGUGAUUGGUUUAUUUUGCUCAGCAUAAUGUCUUUGAGCUCCCCAUGCUGUAGUAUGUGUCAAGAUUUCAUUUUUGCUACUGGCUGAGUAGUAUUCCAUUGUAUGUAUGUACCACAUUUUGUUUAUUCAUUCAUCUGUUGAUGGACAUGUAGGUUAUGUCUACCUUUUGGCUAUUGUGAAUAGUGCUGCAGUGAACAUUGGUGUACUUAUCCCUUUGAGUCUCUGUGCUUUUGAGCCUUUUGGGUAUAUAAGUAGGAGUGGAAUUGAUGAGUCAUAAGGUAUUUCUAUUUUUAGUUUUUUGAGAAAUCGUCACACUGUUUUCCACAAUGGCUGUACCAUUGUGCGUUCCCACCAGCGAUGGGUAAGGGUUCCAGUUUCCUCACAUCCUUGCUAACUUUUGUUAUUUUCUGGUUUAUCUUAGCCAUUCUAGUGGGAGUGAAAUGGUAUCUCAGUGUGCUUUGAUGUGCAUCUCUCUGAUGGCUAAUGAUGCUGAGCAUCUUUUCAUGUGAUUGGUGGCCAUUCAAGUGUCGUCUUUGGUGAAAUGUCUAUUCAAGUCAUUUGCCCAUUUUAUGAAUGGAUUAUUUGUCUUCUUGUUAAGUUGUUGAAGUUUUGUAUGUAUUUUGGUUGUUAGAUUCUUGUCAGAUAAUGUGGUUUCUGAAGAUAUUCUCCCAGUUGGUAGCUUGUCUUUUCACUUUUUUGGUAAAGUUUUUGAUUUUUAUGAGGUCCUAUUUACUUAUUUUGUCUUUUGUUGUUUGUGCUUUUAUUAUAUUAGAUAUUCCAUUGUUAAACACUAGGCCUGACAGCAUUGCCCCUACUUAUUCUUCUAAGAAUUUUAUGGUUUUAGUUUGCACAUUUAGGUCCUUAAUGCGUUUUCAAUUUGUCUUUGUGUGUGGUGUGAGGCAUGGAUCCUCAUUUUUCUGCCUGUGGAAAUCCAAUUUUCCCCACACCAUUUAUUGAAGAGACUCUUCUUAUCCCAUCGAAUGGACUUAGCACCUUGUCAAAAGUCAUUUGAUCACAGAUGUGUGGGUUUAUUUCUGGACCCUCAGUUCUAUUCCAUCAGUCUAUGUGUCUGUUGUUCUACCAGUAUCAGGCUGUUUUGAUUACUGUAGCUGUAUAGUAUAUUUUAAAAUCAGGAAAUGUAAGUCCUCCUACUUUGUUCUUCUUUUUUAAUUUUCUUUUUUUUUUUUUAGCUAUUCGGGGCCUCUUGCCAUUCUGUGUAAAGUUGAGUUUCGAUUUUUUUUUUAGCUUCUGUAAAGAAAGCUGUUGGAAUUUUCAUUGAGAUUGUGUUGAAUCUAUAGAUCGCUUUGGGUAGUACUGAUAUCUUAACAAUAUUGUCUUCCAAUUCAUGAACAUGGAACAUCUUUCCAUUUAUUUAAGUCUUCUUUAAUCUCUUCCAGCAGCGUUUUAUAAUUUUCAUUGUAUAAGUCCUUCACAUCCCUAGUUAAAUCUAUCCCUAGGUAUUUUAUUCUCUUAGAUGCUAUUCUAAAUGAAACUGUUAAUUUCUGUUUCAGGUUUCUCAUUGCUGGUGUAUAGAAACCCAACUGCUUUUAUUUGAACUUUUACACUGCAACUUUACCAGAUUCCUCAAUUAGCUCUAGAAGUUUUCUUGUGGACUCUAUGGGAUUUUCUAUAUGUAAGAUCAUGUCAUACUCAAAUAGAGGCAAUUGUGCCUCUUUUCUAAUCUGGAUACCUUUUAUUUCUUUUUUUGUCUUAUUUCUCUGCCUAGGAUUUCUAAUACAAUAUUUAAUAGAAGUGGUGAGAGGAAGCACGUUUGUCUUGUUCCUGAUUUCAAAGGGAAAGCUCUCAGUCUUUCUCCGUUAAAUAUAGUGUUGACUGUUGGCUUUUUAUAUAUGCCCCAAAUCAUACUGAGGAAUUUUUCACCAUUACAAUCUUCUUUAGGGUUUUCAUCAAUAAGGACUGUUGGAUUUUAUCAAAUGCUUUUUCUGCAUCCAUAGAAAUGUUCAUGUGGUUCUUUUCCUUUCUUCCAUGCCUUUGAAUUACGGUGUUGACGAAGAAUAUUGAAUAUACUAUGGACUGCCAGAAAAACUCGCAAGUCUGUCUUGGAAGAAGUACAGCCAGAAUGCUCUUGGAAGUAAGGAUGGUGAGCCUUUGUCUCACAUACUUUGGUCAUGUUAUCAGGAGGGACCAAUCCCUGAAGGACAUCAUGCCUGGUAAGGUAAAGGUUCAGCAAAAAAGAGGAAGACCCUCAAUGAGGUGGAUUGACACAGUGGCUGCAACAAUGGCCUCAAAGACAGCAAUGAUUUGUGAGGAUGGCAUUUUGUUCUGUUGUACAUAGGUUACUGUGAGUCAGAACCGACUUGGUGGCAUCUAACAACAACAACAUUAAUGUGUAUUACGUUGAUUGAUUUUCUAAUGUUCAACAAUCCCUACUUUCCUGGAAUAAACCCCAGUUGGUCAUGGUGUAUGACUCUCUUAAUAUGCUGUUGGAUUCUGAUCUCUGGUCUUUGUUGAGAAUUUUUGUAUCUAUAUUUAUAAGAGAUGUUGGUUUGUGUUUUUUUUUUUUCCUUGUGGUAUCUCUGUCUGGUUUGAGUACCAGGGUUAUGUUGAGUAUCACAGAAUGAACUAGGGAACUAGGGAGUAUUCCUUCUCUAUCUUCUGGAAGAGUUUAAACAGUAUUGGUGUCAAUUCUUCUCUAAAUGUUUGGUAGAGUUCGCCAGUGAAGCUGUCUGGUCCAGGACUUCUUUUAUGUUAGGAGGUUUUUGACCACUGAUUUGACCUGUUUACUUGUUAUGGUUGCAUAAAGUUUUCAGUGACUGAUUUAUUGGAAGCAGAUUGCCAAGCCUUUCUUCCUGGGCACUUCGGGGUGGAGUCCAACUGCCAACCUUUUGGUUAGCAGCUGAGCGUGUUAGCCAUCGAGGGACUUCUAGGAAGAGAUAACUCACUUAACACAACACGUCACCUCAUCUGUCACCUCUGCUGCCUUUACCAGAUGACUUUCCUUUCAUCAGGAGAACAGCAUUUGUUCUCCUACCGCUUUGUUUUACCUGUGUCUGUGUACCGUAGUGCGGGCAUCCCUGCUGCUCACGUUGGCCAGAAGAGCCUCCUAGGUGUUGAGCCUUACGUGGUGCCAGGUCCUACUCUUCCUCUUACCCUCUUCUACCCACUCACAACCCUUUUUUCCUUUCUUCCCCUUCCUAGCUAUUGUCCCUGUUGUUCCUUCUGUCCUUUUUCUUAUAAAGGUAGACAGCAACAGUGCUCUCCCUAACCUCUUUCCACUCUUUUUCCUAAGAGGCAGGCCAGCUAAUACGGCCAGCCAUGAGGAGGGCAAUAUGGCCAACCUUCAGAGGCAGGUAAGCAAACAUACACUCUGCAGGUCAAGGGAGCAUCUCCCUGCACCUGGCACCAUACUUGGGGCUGUCCUUGAGAAGUGACUUCAGAAGCUGCCUCUGACCACACUUCACCACCAUUCCCCUGGGUAAAGACCCCUCCUGCAAGGACAUCUUUUACACCGGCUGUAACUCCUUGCCUUGGAAGCUUCCCUUUUACCACUGCCUGGCCCGAGAGUAGUUAAUGAGUUGUCAUCUGAUCCUGUAGGACAUAGUGACAAGCACUGGGCUUAUGCUUGCCCUUCUCAGGGAGCACCGUUUUGCUCCCUGCUUCUUCUUUUCCCUGGGACCUUCAGAUUUAUGGGGAUGCCCAAGUGUCCCUACAGCUUUCCCUUUGCCUCUGCCUGCCUCUUCUUCUCUCCAUCUCCCAGCCAUCCUGGUCUAAGUUGCUGUUCCUCUUAACUGGACAAUAACAACCACUUUUAAUAGGUUUCUCUGCUUUCCAUUCUUGCUUCCUCCAAUCCAUUCUAUGACCAUUUAAGGACAUAAACUGAACCAUGCCGCUUCCCUACAUGAAGCCUUCAGUGGCUUCCUGGCUCCUUAUAAAGGGCUAUAAAGUUCGCCUUGUCCCCACCCACCUCUGAUAUCACCUCCUGACCCAGCCCCAUUUUCAUCUCUAACCUCGCCUCCAGCCUGAUCAAUUUGUCCCAGUUUGCUGGGCCUUUCCUGGCUUUAGCACUGGAAGUCCUGUGUCCCAGAAACCAGAAUGGUUGGCCACCUUAUAUCACUUCCUUGUCUCACCUCAUGCUCUGCUCCCUGCAUCCUGUCUGACCUGGAUUUUCACCCUUCUCCCCUUUGCUGUUCAUCCUUUAUGGCCUUUGUUUUCAAUAGUUGAGCCAAGCCCCUCCUACCUCAGGGCCUUUGCAUGUGCUAUUUUCUAUGCUGGAAUUCUCUUCCCCUGUUCUGUCUCUAGUUCCUCUCAUCCCUUAGGCCUCUGCUUAAAUGUGCUUGUUCUAGACGGCUUUUCUCAGCGAAGGUGGGAUCAAGUAGACCCCGCCCCAUUCUUUUAGAGCACUCUCUUCUUUUCCUUGCUAGUGCCUAAUGAAGUUGGACAUUUCACACUCCCUGGUGUGUUGACUUGGUUGUUGUCAGGCUCUUCCACUGAACUGCAGGCUCAGUGAGGGCAGACAUGUCUGUCUUGCUCACUGUGUAACCCCCAGCCCCAGCACAGGGCCCAGCACCUGGUGAGGGCUCACAUCUUUGUUGAGUGAAUGAAUAAAUGUAUGUAGUGAAGUCACCUGCUGGAAAAACCUGUCUUCAUCUUACUAAUAUUUUUAGUCUCCUCAGGG